GGAAGUCAAAGUCUUCCUUCCUCAUUUUGAAAUCUCAGUUUGUCGUGAUAUAUUUCUGACAGCAGGAGAAAACGUCAAAUCUAAGUAGAAAACUGAGGAUGGAGGUCUGGGACCAGAAGCUCCUGUGGGCUCUGAUGUUUCUUCUGACAGGUAAGACAGUCUGUGAUCUGAAACUGAAGCAGGUUUUCUCCUCUGAUGGUCUCAGACUCUUCUUCUCUAUGCUCUGGUCUGUCUGAGUGUGUUUUCUGUGGCGCUGCACUUCACUCAGAUCUGAGGUUUGAGGUUUUCCAUGAAGAACAUUGUGGUGAUGUGCUUCAUGGUGGUUUCAGUCAGGAUCUGUGGACUUCUCUGUCCUUAAACUUCUAAAUAUCUUCAGACUUUUCCAGCUUCAUCUUCUCUAACCUCUGAUGUUGUUUCCUGAAGUGAGAUGUGUGCUGAGGAACUCCUGAAGAUCCUUAAGUUUGAUGGUUUUUAGUAACAUCUGUGAAAGCUCUGGAAGAGUGCACAGAAGUCCUAAAAACAGAUCCUCUGAUCUGAGGCUUCUGUCUGGAGUGAUGGACUUGUCCUGUACCAGAAAGAGAAGGUCUGCUGGACCGGCUCUGGUCCAGCUGGCUCUGGUCCAGCCCCUGAAACGGUCUCUUCUUCUCUGCUGGAUUCAGAAAAGAUUUUUUUUUUCAGCUGCAGGAAAAUUUCAAGAAUCUAGAUCUUGAUUUUACUGUUAAAAAGACCUGGUGAAGAACCAGGAGAAGAACCAGGUCUUAGACUGAAAGGAUGAACAAGAUGAACCUGCAGGAUUUACCUCAGGGGGACAAGAGAGACCAAAGAGAGACCCUGAGGUAGACCACGUUUCCACAUCCAGUUUCUCUGGUUUUCUUCUCUCUCUCUCUCUCUCUCUCUCUCUCUCUCUCUCUCUCUCUCUCUCUCUCUCUCUCUCUGUGUGUGUGUGUGUGUGUGUGUGUGUGUACACUAUAGGCCAAAAGUUUGGAAGCAAGAUCAGCUUUGUACAUAAAAAGAUCAUAGUUUCAUAUAUAUACUUUGCAACACAAUAAACAUGACUAUUGUGUAAAGAGUAACUUAUCAGAAGACAUUUUGACUAUAAUUAUUAGGUAUUUGAGUUAUUGUUGCUUAGACUUUGCUUUCUUUAAAGUCACCUCCUCUGGCUUUAACAACAGCUUGGCAUAUACCAGGCAUUCGUUCCACAAGUUUUUUUAAGGUAUGUUCCAAGGAUUUCAUUCCAAGCUUUAUUAAGUUCAUUAAAAAGGGACUGCUGAUUUGUGGGAUGCAUUUUUCUGACCGAUCGAUCCAAUUCAUCCCGCACAAGUUCAAUUAGAGAAAGGUCUGGAGACUGAGGGGGCCAAACCAUCUUUUGAAGAACACCUUCCUCUUCUUUUUUGUCUAGGUAACCCUGACAGAGCUUGGCAGAGUGCUUAGGGUCAUUGUCUUGCUGCAAAACAAACUUAUGAGCCACAAGUCUUAGUCCAGAUGGAACAGCAUGGUGCUGGAGGAUGGAGUGGUCCUGUUACUUCUUCAUGAUACCCUUUACUUCAAACAAAUCUCCUACUCCAUCACCUGCAAAACAUCCCCAUACCAUGGAACUACCACCUCCUUGCUUAAUUGUGGGUGUAACACAUGGUGCUUUCAGACGUUCACCAGUUUGUCUGCAGACAUAGACUCUGCAUUUUGAACCAAACAGUGCAAACUUGUUUCUAGUCAUCAUAAGUCCAAUUUUUGUGAGCUUUUGCCCACUCAUAUCUCGAAGUAGUGUUUUUUUGCAGAUACACAACCCUUCAGGCCAGACUUUCUCAAACGUCAUUUCACGUUUGUAAGAGAUAUGGGUUUCGACUGUGUCUUGUUGAUUUCCUCCCUUAUUUGUGGUGCUGUCUUUCACCGAUCUCUCUUACUGGUGACAAUGAUAUGUUUAUUCUCUGCUUUUGUAGUAACUCUCUUUCGUCCAGUUUUUUUUUUCUAUCAAUUUCUGCAAUUUCUCUUUCUGUGUAUACUUCUUUCCACAAUGUACAAAGCUGUACUUUUGUUUCUUUACUCAGUUGCUUCUUUCUUGCCAUUUUUGCAGUGGUUUGAACAGAGUUGAGAUUUAUUAGGAUUUUUGUAUGCAGACUCUCAAAAGCCAAAAAGUUGAAGUGAAUAAUCCAACUGUGAUUUGUUGUUUUUUUUUUUUUUUUUUUUUUUUUUUUUGCUUUUGCACUGAAGUUGUGACUCUUGCAAAUGUUUUCAACUCUAAAACUAAGCCCUUGUUUUCUUUUGCUGACAUAUAUUUAGCAAUGGUCCGUUAACAUCAAUGUAUAUCUGAAGGUAAUUGGAUUAAAAUGGUGCAUUUCCAUGAAAGCAACAUCUGAUCAUGGAGUAAAUACAUCCCAAAAUACAUGAAACUCAUGCUGGAUUUUAAAAAAGCAUUGUGAACAAAAACUUGAAGUUUCUCCCAACUGUUCAGCCUGUAAUGGCCUUGCUUCCAAACUUUUGGCCUGUAGUGUGUGUGUGUAUGGCAGUAGCUCAGGAGGUAGAGCAGUCGUCCAAUAACUGGAAGGUUGGCGGUUCAAUUCCCCCCUAUCCCAAGUCUGUCUGUUGUGUCCUUCGGUAAAACACUUAAGCCAUCUUGCUCCCAGUGUGUAUGUCCUCCACUGGUGUGUGAUUGUGAGUGUUGUGUGCUGGUGGUUGGGACUGGCUGCCAUGUUCCUGUCAGUCUGUCCCAGAGCAGCUGUGACUACUAAGGUAGUUUAUAACCAUCACCAGGGUGUGUCUUUGUUAGUGAGUGAGUGAAUGAAUGAAUGAAUGCUGGAUCCAAUGAAAAGAGCUUUGAGGGUCUAUGAUAAAGAGAUUAUAUGAAAUCUGAUGCAUUAUUAUUAUUAUUGUGUGUGUGUGUGUGUGUGUGUGUGUGUGUGUGUGUGUGUGUGUGUGUGUGUGUGUGUGUGUGUGUGUGUGUGUGUGUGUGUGUGUGUUUGAGUGAAGGAUCAUGUAGAAAACAAAACCACAAACAGCAACCGCCGGUGUUGUCACUCUAAUCCGGAUUUUUUUCACUCAUAAAUCUAUAAAAACUCUGGAGGUUCAGGUAUCUAUUGAAGAGAUCUUCUGCAACUCUGGGAUGAGGACAGGUGUGUCUGAUGAACUCAAAUAUACCUGAAACCUUCACUAAAACUAUACCUGAAAAGGCACCAAAGAUCCUCUAUCAGAGACUUUAGAAACUAGAAUAAAAGAAGAGAGGAACUGAUCCAAAUCCAGAAAACUGGUUUUACUGCAGAGAAGAAGAAAAGAGAGAACUGAUGAACCGAAACGAGAAGAACUUUAUAAUGACUAUGAAUAAAAAAUGUUUUGAUGUCAUUCUGACUUGUAUUUUCUACAUCUUUGUCCAGGUGCUGUAAGUCAACAGGUGAACUACCCACCUUCUGUCUGUGGUGUAGAAGGGUCCACCGUCACCCUCCCCUGCACCUUCACAUCUAACAACAUCUUCAUGGCUGGGACUGAAGUCAUUCAGAUCAAGGUCAUCAGGGUUCGCUGGUGCAGGAACCAUCCAGUCUGUCAGGGUAGUACUCCUUCUGUGUUCGACAGCAAGCCACCCAAAGACAGUAUACCUGAGAACAGAAACAAACCUCGAUACACAUACCUGGGGGACAUCGAGACCAACUGCACUCUACAAAUCAGAGGGUUUAGUAAGACCGAUGAGGCAACUCUGCGCUUCAGGAUGGAGGUGAACCACACAGAAGGACAUUUCACAAAUCAAUCAGGAGUCAACGUCACCGUCGCUGGUAAGAGCACCAGAUCUCUCUGUAUGUGCCCCCCUCCCAGUCUACUAGGUUCCUCUUAGGUUCCUCUGGACUGAUGCUGCAGACGGUCUGUUGCUGUGGACCUGCCUGACUCCAGCUGCGUCGUUUAUAAUUGUCCUCCUCAGGCCCUGAGCUCCUUCCUCUCUUAGGUUCCUCUGGACUGUUGCUGCAGACGUGAACAUCAGCCUCACUGACAUUAAUAACAUAAAACUAGAGUUAGCUACUAUCAGGCCUGCUGACUGUAAUUUACAUUAAAUUAAUUUAACAUUGUCCAUAAUUACUCAUAUCCUGAUCCUGUAAACGGAAUCCAUUUUGUUUCAUCACUAACUCUGCAACCACAACUCUGUAUGUUGCUGUUGUUGUUGAUGGGGGUGGUGGUGUUUUAUUGUUGUUGUUGUAGUUGUUGUUUUAGUGUUGUUGUGGCUGUUGUGGCUGUUUUUGUUGUUGUUGUUGUUAUUGCUGUUGAUUUAAUGUUGUUGCUGUUGCUGUUGUAGUUUUUGUUGUUGUUACUGUUGCUGCUGCUGUUGUUGUUGUUGUUGUUGUUGUUGUUGUUGUUGUUGUUGCUGCUGUUAAUAAUAGUAAUAAUAAUGCAUCAGAUUUCAUAUAGCGCUUUAUCAGAGACCCUCAAAGCGCUUUACAUUGGAUACAUCAUUCAUUUGCUCACACAGUCACACUUUGGUGGUGGUGGAAACGUGGCUGCCAUUCUGCGCCUACGGUUGUUGUUGUUUUUGUUGCUGUUGUUUUAAAGUUGUUGCUGUUGCUGGGGCCUGUUCUACGAAGCAGGAUUACUGCUUAGCAAGGUAACUUCGAGGGUAAGUUCGGGGUUUCCUGUUCUACGACGCGGGUUCACUUCUUAGCGAGGUGAGCCGAGUCUCCAUGGCAACAUACGCUGAACGGCUAACCUGCUCCGGGGCAGGUUAGGUUCCAAAUUGAACUCUCGGUAUAUAAAAACCCCUUCCACUGACCAAUGAGCUCUCUCGAAAAAUGGCUUGUCUGUUCUUGGAGGAUCCUAUAGACCUCAGUGCUCGCUUUGUCCGGGGAGCACUCCAGCUCGCGAGAGUUUUCAGGGACUGCACGGACCCACUUCCUUUUCCGGAUGACCACUUUUAUGAAAGGCUCAUAUGGCCUACAUAUCACACAAAAAAUGUAAACACGAUAGGAAUGAACGAAUGAAUGAAUUCAUCUUGGAAAUGAAUGGGCAUGGGCUGCAUGGGCUGCAUGAUCACAGACAACAUCUCGGUACUAUUUAGUAGCAGCGCUGCGCACGCCCCUUGUAAUAACCCCCGUAAAUACUGUUGUUCAGGACUGCUUACUUGUGCUUCCUACCUACUGUAAUAACAGUUGUUCUAGCCCACAUGCAACAUUUUUGUUCUCAUUCAUGAAACGCUUAAAUCGGGGACAUUUUCGGGGACAGAUUUAGCCGGGGACAGAUCACCCAAUUCAGGGACUAAGGUGAUGUCUGGUCACCUUAGUUAAAAGCGUAUGUUGAACAGCGCUAUUUCAGGGUGAUAAUGGCAUCAAAGAUUAAUUUUCUGCCAGCAUUCCCUCAGUGCUUUUGCAGCGGUGACGGUGUUGUUGCUUUUGAGGUUUAUGAUAGAUUUGAAUUCUUCAUACUUAAACAGCUCUUCAUUGUGUGGAAUAACCCUCUUCCAUGGAAUCAUAAAUGGUGGAUGGGUUCUAAAAUUGGAGAUAUUUGAAGGAUUGUCCCUGGCCUGUGCAACAGCUGGGGAGUUGGAGGGCUCUGCAAUCAGCUCUGCAAACUGCAGCAAUCAAAUCUCAGGGUAAUCUUGGUAAGAAAGUCUGCUGCAUCUUAUCCUAAUAAAGUCAGAGACUUUGGAAUGAAAGAGCUGCAACAUCAUGGCUGGUGGUCGCAACAGCAAUAGAAGCCCUGACAAAACUCCAAAUGAUGAUCCGCCUUCAAACAAAAUGACUGCAAGUGAGGCUCCUGAGUAUGUGACAAUGGACACUCUAAAGGAGUUAUUAGAUCAGCAGAAGAACUACUUUGAAGAUCUACUGAGAAGACAGGAGACCACAUUUCGCAGCUUUACUCAAAUGAUCAUGGAUUCAACCAACAAAAGAGUGGACUCAUGUCUAAAAGAGCUACAAGAACUUAAGGUGAGCCUGUCUUACUCGCAAAAGGAAAUUGAUGAGUUAAAGAAGACCCACACAGCCCAGCAAAGUGAGUCUAGAAUGAUGAAGCAACAAGUGAAUGAACUGAAAUCAGAACAAGCAUCAACAGGUGACUGUGACCAGAUUGAUUAUUUAGAAAAUCAAAGUAGGAGGAACAAUCUUGUGAUAAAUUGUCUGGGCCCUGACAAGGAGGCUGAAACCUGGGCUGAGACGGAGGCCAAAGUGCAAGCAAUGUUCACUUCACAGCUGAAGAUUGAGACCUCGGUGGAAAUUGAGAGAGUUCAUAGAAAUGGGAAGUACAGAGGUGACAGGGAAAAACCUAGAGCUGUGGUGAUAAAAUUGCUGCGCUUUAAGGACAGACAGCUCAUCCUGGCCAGAGCGAGAGCCCACCUGAGGAACACCCCUAUUUACAUCGGUGAGGACUUCUCUGAACGGGUGAGGAAGAGGAGGGCCAGGCUGCUUCCUGCUUUGAGGGAGGCGAGAGCAAGAGGUGACUAUGCUAUUAUAAGCUAUGACCGCCUCAUCGUGAGGCCAAGGAGAGAAGGCCAUGCAUCAAGGUCAUGACUGUUCCUAUCUGACACACAUGUGUAUUAUACAUCUUUACACUGACAAUGUUUCUAAAUGUAAAUGGUAAAGGACUGCGUAUUGCACAUCUGAACAUCUGUAGUCUCAGAAACAAAAUUGAUGAGCUUUCUGUACUGCUUCAGGACAACAACAUACAUAUUCUGGCUAUUUCUGAAACACAUUUAGAUGCCUCAGUUAUUGACUCUGAGAUAGACAUUCUUGGGUAUAGCAUAUUCAGUUGUGACAGAGGAGGUGGAGUUGCCAUCUAUAUUCAAAAUCAUAUACCUGUUAAAACAAGAGAUGAUCUCAUACACAUAUCUGUAGAAUCCAUAUGGUUACAAAUACACUUACCUAAUGUUAACACUAGAAGGACCACAGAGCAGCCAUUUGGCUUUACCCCCUUCAAGGACCACGGGGCAGCUAAUCGGCUGGAAGGCUUUUAGCUAACAUCCUAAAUCACCUGUGAACACUCAUUUUGUUAUGCGAACGAGGCGAUCGUUGGUGCACCACAGGAGGGGACUGGACUAAGUGGUGUAUGCAGUGGGUUGGGACCGCCCUCUCGUCAUAGAACUCCAGAGACGCUGAGCGUUCGAUGGGCGGGACAAGGCCCAGCAUUUAUCCAAUGAGCGUCUAGUUUCGCUGUUGGAACAACCCACUUUGAGCUUCCACACUGAAGUCAGCAGACGCUGAGCGUCCGGCUGUGUGAAGCGCUGAGGCGCUGCGAGGAUGAAUGAGAACGAAGUUGUGCCGGUUACCUGUGAUUAUCAGCUUCUUAUCACAGUGUGUUAAGAAGCUGAUUCUGAACAAAAGAUGAAGGCUUUCUAGCGCGUAUUUAGUUAAUGAAAUCUACACACAGCAGUACGUAUUUCACCACUUUUUCUUUUUUUGGGGGGGUGACAUUUUAAGGGAAGCUGAGCUUCCCUUGCAGUCUUAGAGCAAUCGCCACUGGGUUGCAAUGAUCUGGGGGUUACCCAGGUUUGCUGACCAGCAGUCACUCACUGAUGGAACCUUGGUCAGCCCCCGCAAGAUGAUGAUAGCAAUAAAUGCCAUUAGUUCAGGGAGGGCCAUGAACCAAUCAACAUACUCUAUUUGCUUUGCAUGUUGAACAGUACAGUCUCGAAUAGAACCAAGCAUGUCCAGUGUGAUGAAACACAAGAAGCUCUGAAGACAAGUCAAGAUAGACCUCCUGGCAUUAGCCGUUGGUUCUCCAUCUGCUGAGGUGCAGGGACAUCAGGAGAAGUAGAACCAAACAAAACAAACAGAGGCCCAAACUGUCUGUGCAGUGGCUAUGGCUGAAGCAGUUUCUGUCUACAGUUGUUCUCAGGUUGGAAACUCCCCUCCCCCUCCCCAUUCCCUCUCCCAACAACACAAGUUUUCUUGAAGUAACUCAGCAUAUCCCCUCCUGUGGUGCGCCAGCGAUCGCCUCGUUUGCAUAACAAACUGAGUGUUCACAGGUGGUUUAGUACUGGCUAAAAGCCCUCCAAGCCAACCGGCUGCCCUUUGGUCUUUAUAGGUAGAACAGCAAAAGCUGGUCCUUCUAGUGUUAAACCAUUGCUUGUUGGCUGUUGCUACAGGCCACCAAGCUCUAAUGCUCAAUAUGUUGACAAUAUCUGUGACAUGCUACAGAGGGCAGUAGAUGAGAAUAAGGAGACAUAUUUCCUAGGUGACCUAAAUAUUGACUGGAAAUCUAAGAGCUGCACUUUAAAAAAUAGGCUAAUUGUCACUGCGAAUGUAUGUAAUGUGACUCAGAUUGUCAAUCUGCCAACAAGAAUUUCCUGUAACAUCACUGGGACUGUCUCUUCUACAUGUAUAGACCAUAUUUAUACCAACGCCAGUGAACUUUGCUCCAAGGCCUAUUCUAUCCCCAUAGGAUUUAGUGACCAUAAUAUUGUAGUCACUGUGAGGAAAACUAAAAUGUCUAAAGCUGAACCCAAAAUUCUAUUUCAGAGAACAAAUAGAUCUUUCAAUGAGGAGAAUUUUGUAAAAGAAAUACAGGAGUUGAGUGGGCAUAGGAUAUGUACCAUACAAGAGCAAUGUCAGGAGACUGACAUUGCUCUUGAACUCUUCACAGACAUAGUACUGAAAGUAAUUGACAAGCAUGCUCCACUUGAAAAGUUCACUGUAAGAGGCAACUUUGCUCCUUGGAUUGACGAUGAAUUGAGAGGCACAAUGUCUGACAGAGAUAAUACUAAAUUAGCAGCUGCCAGAUCAAAUGACCUUAUGGACUGGAUGAAGUAUAAGAAAUUAAGAAACAGUGUUACUAAAAUGAAUAGAUCAAAGAAAAAGGCAUAUUUUCAGGAAAACUAUCUGAACACAAGAACAAUGGGGAGAAACUAUGGGCAACUUGUAAUACUAUACUUGGCAGUAAUAGUUUCCCCUCACUUGUUGAAGCUGAUGGUGUACAUUUGACUAAACCUUAAAAAAUUGCUGACUACUUCAACACUUAUUUCACUGACAAGGUGUCAAAUCUAAGGAGUAAGAUGAGCUGUACUACUGAUGAAAUGAGAAACUCUACCUAUUUAAUCACAGAUAACAUCAUGAAUAAUAAAAAAUGUACAUUCUCACUGAAACCUGUAUCAGUUGAAGAGAUAAAACAGCUUUUGAUGUCAGUAAAAAAUAACACACAAUUUGGUCUUGAUAACGUUGACGGCAGACUGAUAAAAAUUAUGGCAGAAUAUAUUUCAGUACCCGUGUGUCACAUCUUUAAUUGCAGUCUCAGGGAUGGUGUUUUUCCUCGAGCUUGGCGAUCAGCUAAAGUAAUCCCUAUCAUAAAGAAUAAAAAGAAUGCCUUUAAUGGGUCCAAUUGUUGACCAAUCAGCAUUCUUCCUGUGCUCAGUAAGAUUUUGGAGAGAAUUGUAGUUAAUCAAAUAUUGAUAAACUUUACCUCUAAUAGAAUAGAUUCAAUUUACCAACAUGCAUAUAAACAAGGCCACUCAACAGCGACAGCCCUUUCUCAAAUGACUGAUGAAUGGCUCAGUCAUAUGGAUAACAGGAAAAUUAUAGGUGCUGUACUGAUUGAUUUCAGUGUUGCAUUUGAUCUAAUCGAUCACAGGGUUCUGCUAGCAAAUCUCAGUGCAUAUGGGUUCAAUCUGAACGCCAUGGGAUGGGUAAAGAGCUACCUGUAUUCCAGAAUGCAAUGUAUUUAUUUUAAUGGUAACUUUUCCUCUUUGAAACAACUUGAGUGUGGCAUUCCACAGGGGAGUUGCCUUGGUCCUUUAUUAUUUUCUAUUUUUACUAAUGAUCUGCCACUGGUUUUGAAUAGUGCAACUAUGACCAUGUAUGCGGACGACUCCACUGUGUAUGCUGCAGCAGACAGUUAUAGUGAACUUAAUUGUCUCCUUCAGAGGGAACUUGACUCUGUCUCUGAAUGGGUCGAAAACAACAGACUUGCACUUAAUAUAACAAAAACUAAAUGUAUCACCUUCAGUUCUAACCCCAUCCUCAGGAGGAAUCUUCAUCUCUCCUUAUAUAUUAAGAACACUGCUCUUGAGCAGGUGCGUAAGGUCAAACUCUUAGGAUUGACUAUUGAUGAGAAACUGUCGUGGUCCACACAUACUGAUAAUAUUGUUCAAAAAUGGGCAGAGCCAUCUCAGUAAUUAAAAGAUGUGCCAUGUACCUGAAUGAUCACACAAUAAAACUUGUCACCCAGGCACUGGUACUUACUAACCUAGACUACUGCUCUAAUGUAUGGUCUUGUACUUCUAAAAAAAGACUUACAUAAACUUCAACUUGUGCAAAACAGAGCCGCACGUCUGGUCUUAGGCUGCCCUUUCAGAACCAGUGUUAAAAGCAUGCACUCCAAGCUCCAGUGGCUAACUGUGGAGGACCAGCUGUCCUGUAACCUUCUUACUUUUUUUCAUAAUGUUUUUUCCUUACACAAGCCUGGAUAUUUUUUUUCUCAAAUCUCUCAGAUUCACGACAUCCAUAAUCAUCACACAAGACAGGUUACAAAGGGCUUAUUUGUUUUACCUUUUCCAAAAUCAUGCUUCAUGCAAAACACAGUCUUAUACAGAGCCAUUUUUUCUUGGAACAUGUUACCUGACAUUGCCAGAAGUAUUAAAACCACACACAGUUUUAAAAAAUAUCUUAAAAAUCAAUGCCUUGAUCAGCAUUAUGGUCAGUUUUGAUUUCCUCCCUGUCCAUGGAUAUUUUUAAGUUUUACAGGGUUGUUAUAUCUGGCUUGUUAUAAGUGUUAUUUUGUUGUUAUUGGUAUUAUGGUUUUGUAUUGAUUUUGUUAGUGUUUUGUUGUUAUGACGUUUUUUUCUUUUUCAUUAUUAUGACUAUUAAUAUUCUUAAUUGAUGUAAUUGUUUGUUUUCUUGUUUUUUUAUGGACCCCAGGAAGAGUAGCUGCUACCUAGUGUAACAGCUAAUGGGGAUCUUAAUAAAAUCAAAUCAAAUCAAAUCAUACUUUCUCAUGAUUGUCUCCUGCUCCUCGUUUGUAGAGUACGAGGUCCUUCGCUCUCCGGCCUGCUCUGACGUUCCAGACCGGUCCAUGUUAGUGAUUGGUCAGAUGCGGCGGGCUCCACCUUACAUGCGUGAACGUGCUCAUAGCAAAGCUGGAUCAACUUACAAGGUUGAUAACCAGCGUCAUAAGACCGUUUAGCGAGACCGCUGGCUACCGCGCUAAGUUGAGUUCAACCUAGCGAGUUAAACCUAGCGAGGUAGCCUUGGAGCUACCUCGCUAGGUUGAACUUGUUUCGUAGAACAGCCCCCUGCUGUUGUUGUUGUUGCUGUUGUUUUAAUGUUGUUGCUGUUGUUUUAUUGUUGUUGUUGUUGUUGUUGUUUUUGUUGUUGCUGUUGUUUUGAUGAUGUUGUUGCUGUUGUUUUAGUGUUGUUGUUUUUGUUGUUGCUGUUGUUUUGAUGAUGUUGUUGUUGUUGUUGUUGUUGUUGUUCUUGUUGAACGCACAAAUGUAGCGACAUCUAUCCGUGCCAUCGUGAUGACACAUUCAUAUCUUCAUCGUAGUGACUUACGCAUUAACACAAUCAGCAAUUUUUUGCCAGCAGUACCUCCGGCUUCUGGCGGCUGCGGCCGUGUUGCUCCUCUCUGUGAUUGUAUCACGGAUCCUCGUAUUCACGCAGGAUAGUAUCCUGUUCCUCAGCUGUGAAAUACGAUGCUUUUGCUGUUUUGUCCAUUGUGGAAAAUGGUCCAGUGCCGCUAACCCCGCCCCUUUUACGUGAGCGCGCACAGAUCUGAAGUGGCCACACCUGGAUUCAGUUAUCGAGUUGAUAACCGGCUUCGUAGUACAGCUGAUCAGGAUCGCGGAGAUCCGGUGAAGUUGAGCGAGUUGUCGCAGAGUUAUCCUGGAUGUGUUAAUCCAGCUUCAUAGUACAGGCCUCUGCUCUUUUUCUUUGGAAACAUCUUGGGAUCACAACUGUUGUGAAUUGGCGCUAUAUAAAUAAAAUUUGAUUUGAUUUGAUUUCAGCAUCAAAGUGGUUCAGACUUCACUAGAGCUCGCCGACACCUGAUUGGUUGGUAAGACUCCCACUAACAUACAGUGAACCAACCAGGACACUGCUAAUGAUAAUCAGACCAAAGAAGAGGUCCUGAUGUUCGAAGCAGAAUGGGUCCAUAGGUCUGAACAAAGUGGUUUAGGUGUUGAUCUAGAUCAGGGGUCGGCAACCUUAAACACUCAAAGAGCCACUUGGACCAGUUUCCCACAGAAAAGAAAACACAGGGAGCCACAAAACCUCUUUGACAUCUAAAAUGAAGAUAACAUUGCAUAUAUCUUUUUUUUUUACCUUUAUACAAAGUAUAUAAAAAACUGUAGCGAGCUGCAUUUAUGAAAUAAACGAACUAUUUCGGCGAGUGUCUGUCUUCUUCUGUAGUUAAACCGCAAGAUAUCAAAAUCUACCCGGAUACAGCAAUGCUGCUUUUUGAUUGGCUGUUCAGUAGAUAUACUUUAUUUGAUUGGCUUGUGCGUGGCACGCAGCUUCUGAACUCUCGGAGGAACUCAGUUGAUUUCCCCCAGUUCCAUAGUUGAAGAGGUGCAACUUGGUGGACAUCACCGUGUUCAUUUAAAUGCGUGAGAAAUACAAUGUGUGGUGUGUGAGCGUGUGAACGAGUGGGAAUGCGUGUGUCAUACGCUGAAUGCGUGAGACUUGAGAGCCCUGUGCUCACGCAUCAUCGAUGUACUCCCGAGCCAUGCAAAACGGUCUUUGCAAAUGUUGCACUGAACGCCUUCCUUUUCAGUCUUGGUGAAGUUUUCCCACACCACUGAUGUUUUAGGUCGGGAUUUGGGUUGGGUUGUGUCCAUGUUUUUCUCAGCCGCUGCCUCGGCCAUGGCUGUUUCUUUUCUGUGCACUGCAUUCUGCUGAUGUUUACAUGCCGGUGUCCAUGGACAUAUAUAAAGACCCGACGAAUCGAUUACAGAAUUUGUUGGCAACGGAUUUUUUCGUCACGACGAAUCUACUUAAUCGAUUCGUUGUUGCAGCCUUAAUAGUUUAUUUAAUGUUACAAGAGCAUUAUAAUCUUUGAAUUUAGAAUUACAAAAAAAAAAUUAAUAAUAAAAUAAAAUAAAAUGCAAUUAAGUAUUUAUUAUUUAUUUUCCAAAUCCAUUGGGAGCUGCAGCUUAGGGAAGAAAGAGCCGCAUGCGGCUCCAGAGCCGCGGGUUGCCGACCCCUGAUCUAGAUGGAGGAAAAUCCAGGGUCCAAAAUCGAGAGUGCAGACCUCCAGAUCCGGAGUGAUUGUAAAAGUUCUUCUCUGAAGUGUUUUUAAAGUCACAGUCUUUUUAAAGUCACAGUCAGUGUUUUUAAAGUCAGUGUUUUUAAAGCCACAGUCAGUGUUUUUAAAGUCACAGUCAGUGUUUUUUAAGUCAGUGUUUUUUAAAGUGACAGUCAGUAUUUUUAAAGUGACGGUCAGUGUUUUUGAAGUGACAGUCAGUGUUUUUAAAGCCACAGUCAGUGUUUUUAAAGUCAGUGUUUUUUAAAGGGACAGUGUAUUUAAAGCCACAGUCAGUGUUUUUAAAGUCACAGUUAGUGUGUUUAAAGUCAGUAUUUUCAAAGUGACGGUCAGUGUUUUUAAAGUCAGUGUUUAUAAAGUUACGGUCAGUGUUUUUAAAGUUAGUGUUUCAUAAAGUCAGUGUUUUUAAAGCCACAGUCAGUGUUUUUAAAGUCACAGUCACUGUUUUUAAAGUGACAGUCAGUUUUUUUAUGUCACAGUCAGUGUUUUAUAAAGUCAGUGUUUUUAAAGCCACAUUCAGUGUUUUUAAAGUCACAGUCAGUGUUUUUACUGUUUUCAGAGGAGACUCCGAUGAAGAUCCAGAGCUCCAGGAACCAUGAAGAGCUGGAGGAAGGUGGAAGAGUCACUCUGGACUGCACCACAAAAUGCACCUUUAACCAGAUAAAUGUAACCUGGUUCAGGGAUAACCUCCCCCUCCAAGAGUCUGGACACAGCCUCCAACUUGGUCCCCUGACGGCAGAGGAUUCUGGGAACUACACCUGUGCUUUGGUGACCAAUAAAAACACUCUGUCCCCGCCGUACGCCCUGAACGUGAAGGAAAGAGAGGGUUAGUAUUGGUCAGCUUUAACACGUGACCAGACUGUUGGGAACUUUAAAUGUUAGAGUGACAACCAAGAACUAAAGAGGGCUGCUCUGACAGCCAGAGUACCAGAGUACCAGAGAACCUGUGAACCAGAGUACCAGAGUACCAGAGUAUCAGAGUACCAGAGUACCAGGGUACCAUAGUAUCAGAGUACCAGAGAACCAGAGUAACAGAGUACAAAAAUAACAAGGUAUCAGAGUACCAAAAUAUAGGAGAACCAGAGAGCAAGAAAAAACGGGUACCAGAGAAUCAGAGUACCACAGUACAAAAAAACAGGGUACCAGAUUAGCAGAGUACUAGAGAACCAGAGUAUAAGAGAACUACAGUACAAAAAACAGGUACCAGAGUACCAGGGUACCAGAUUACAAAAAAUAGAGUACUACUGUACGAGUACACCAGGUUACUUGAGAACCAGAGCACCAGGGUACCAGAGUUUCAGAGUACCAGGUCACCAGAGUAUUAGAAUAUAAGAGAACCAGAGUACAAAAAAAGAAAAAACAGGGUACCAGAGUACAGGGGUACCAGGGUUUUAGAUUAAAAGGGCACCAGAGUACCCUGGAUGGAUGGUGGUUUAAACAGAGAACAGAGUGGGUCGGUCCUGUUGGUUCUCUGGUUCCUGCUCUAUGAUAUCAAAGGUUCGCUUGUGUUGGUCCUCUCGGUGUUUGGUUCCUGCUGUCUCAGUUCGUUUCCUGUGUUUCUUCUGAUCUCCAGGACAGAAUAAGAUGCUGCUGAUAGUCAGUGUGGCGUCUGGAGUUCUGCUGGUUCUGCUCACCCUCAUCGUGGUCCUGUGGAUUUUUAAAAGGUAUCUAAAUCCAUCUCUGAUUCUACCUCAGACCAUCUCCAGAUCACCUCCUGGAUCAGAUUAGAUCUGGAUCUUUUUCUCUAACCUGGAGGGUUCUUUAGUCAGCUGGUCCUCAGCGUCUGUCUUAUGUCUGUGUUGGUGUUUUCACCGUGAAGACCAGUCUGACCCUCCAGAAUGAGAAGGUGUGACAGCUGAGAUCUUCUGACAUCAGACCCUGGAGGGUUUGUUUAUGGUCUGUGAGGAACAAGCAGAGUCAGGGGUCAAGGUGGACAGGGAUGUGGACACACUGGUUUCUGCUGAAUCUGGUUCUUUAAAGACAACUGUUGUUUAGAGUCCAGAACCAGGGGGGUAUUCCACGAAGCUGGCUUAGCUCAAAGCCCAGUUUAUUUCGGUUAGCUUGGCUAAAUUUAGUGAGAGUUCGGUUCCACAAACGAGGCUUAGGGCUAGCGUGGCUUGGUAACCAUGGUAACUCAGCCAGUGCGACAAGCCUGGUCCCAGGCAGGCUUACGGUCAAGCUUCCAGAAGAUGCUUUGUGAACCACAUGUCACACAGUAAUUUCAUCUUUAUCUGUAAUAAAUGAUGCCCUUGUUCGGAAAAAUAAAUUGAGAGCUUUUUAAAACAACAUAGGAAUACGUGAAUCCGGACAUGCCCAAUACUACGCCAACCUCACAGAGAAAGAGAAAUUAAGUAGCUGAGUGGGUAAAGAGAAGUGCCGGUAAAAUGUGUUUUUCACUGCUCUGUGGGUUUGAUCCCGUCAGCUGUAAUUAUUUGGAAAUAUCUGAUUUUCUUUCUUUUAUUCUGUGACUCUCAAUGUACUGUCAACACAUAACAGAAUAAAGACACAAAUGAUCUCAUCCAAAACACUGAAGGCGACAACAGCAACAAUUUCCCAUUAAAAAAACCUUCCUUUCACCAGUGGUCCAUUCUGAUUAUGAUGAUGAUAAUGUAAAGGUGAUGGCAAAUGACGACAUGACUACUCUGUGUACAAGCUCAGUUGUGUCUUCUCCCUUAUUUAAAUGAAGGGUGCUGUGCCACUAUCAUCCCUAACAAAAAAAAAAUUUAAAAUAAAAAAAGACAUCUCCAGGUACAUGUUUUUCUUCACUUUUUGUCAAAGUUUGUCUACUUUGGUUUUAGGUCUUACCUGUAGCUGCUAUACUAAUCCAUUAUGGAUAUCUAUUUGUCAAAUCAAGAACAUGAAUUAUGCCUACAGUGCAGUAGCGGUUCUUGGCACGGGCGAACCGGGCAGCCGCCCAGGGCGGCAUUUGUGUCAUGACUCAUGGGGGGGCGGCACGAGCAUUUCCAAAAAAGAAAAAAAAGGUAAUAAUAAUAAUAAAUCUGCACCGCAAAUCGGUUUUGUAUUAACUCUUGUCAAAUUGGCGCCCCCUGCUGCUGUAGGCACCCCUGCUUGCUGCGAAGGUGCUGCACAGAGGCUGACAGACUGUAUGAGUGAGCUGCACAUACAUGAGAUGAAAAGUUUUUUAAAAAAAAAGUGUUUACAGUACAUACACAGAAGUGAGGAAUAACAUUAGACAGUCAAGCAGGCUGACUGCAUCGAGACAUGCAUCGGUUGUAAAAUAUUUGUCGGCUAUAACUUACGAAUUUAAACGGUCCGCGAGACUUAACCAUGCCUUCUCCCUGGCUUUCACAAUGGCAACAGUGUUGCCCUUCUUUUGAAUUUUUCCCUUGUACUCUUCGUACAACUCCAUGAGGAGUGUUUGCUCUGCCACUGAGAAAGACUCCGCUCUGCCCUUUUUUUCCCAUGAUCUCAUCAUUUCGACAAUCGAUACGUUGGGGCUUUUUAUGUAAUGCGGAGGCACGCAUAGCCUCGGCUUGGAUAAGCUUGGCUAGAAUAAGCGUCUCUGAAAAACAGCUGAGUCUCGUUAGCGGAACGAGUCGCAGCUAAGAUUAAAGUGGCCGCUUAGCCCAGCCAGCUUCGUGGCAUACCCCCCUGAUCUUCUUGUCCAUCUCUUCUCCUUUCAGAAAACGGUCCUCAGACAGGAACCAGAGCGCUGUGGGGGGGCAGGUGCAGAGAAAGGUGCGUUAAAGUCCUCACUGUGGCGUCCUCCUCUGUCCCCACCUGUCCUCAUGUCUUUGUUUGUUUUCUUCUUCGUUGAUUUUCAGGAUCCCGAGACCAUCUACAGUAACGUCCUGCUGACCUCUAACCCUCAGAGAAGGAGUCGAGUCCAGGGACCGAGCCGAGCUGUGGAGGAUGUCAGUUACACUUCUGUGCAGUUCCAACACAAGAAACAAGACAGGUGAGAACGAAUCCGCACACCUGGGCCUGAGGAGCCCGCUUCACAUCAGACCUGACAUGUUCAUGGUAACGGUUCAGCAGAGACUGACCCUCUUCCUGUCUGUAACCUUCUGUUCUCAGAGGAGUGGCGCCCAUGGAGGACCCCGUUAUUUACAGCUCGGUGACCAGCAGAGGCUAAAGCUCAUCCCCAGGACUCUGGGUCUCAGGGUCAGAGAUGAUCUGUGAGUCCAUCUUCAGCAGGAGUUGCAUAGGGAAUCUUUAAAGGGAUAGAAUUAGGUUUGAGUCAAACACACCGUAACACUGCGUUAGACAACCCCUCCAGAGAUGAAUGUUACCGACCACUUGCUUCUCUAGUUAUACCAACUUGAGUAACGACCGCAGGAUUGCAAUACACAGUGGUCUGAGGAGCCAUAAACAAACCUCAACCAAAACGCCACUCUAUAGCCACAAAUAAUGCUCAGAACAGCACCUAACUUCAUCAACAGUACAUAUAGGGUCCCAGCCAUAGUACUAGCCACUAGUGGUGCAACGGAUCACAACACUCACGGAUCGGAUCGUUCCUCGGAUCAAGAGUCACGGAUCGGAUCAUUUUUCGGAUCAGCAAAAAGCAGUUUUGUCUGUAUAUUAAACACUUAAAUGGUUGAAUUAAAAUAUAUAAAAGUAGUGCAUACGGCAUAAUAUCUUCUUUUCAACAUAAUUAUUAAUGAAAAACAACUUAAAGUGCAAUAUAUAGGCAUAUCUCCUUCCUUUAAAAUGUAACAAUGAACCAAAAAUGAAGUAUGUGCGCGGUGGGAUAUUGUAACGUGGCUCAAGCACUUUCAGCAUGUUUUUAAAGCCCUCGUUUGCACAACUGAAUAUGGCCUCAUGUCUGUAGCUAUAAACACACCGAUAGCGUUUGUGAUAGCUUUAACCCGGUCAGAUUGCGCAGGAAGAGGCUGCUUAAAUGCUGCGGUGAUGAGCGGUUGCUGGCCAGCUUUCGUUUUAUCUCAGGUGUUGUGACAUAGAAUGCACCCCUGCCGUAGAAUGCACCCCCUGACGGGAGCGCGGUUUAAAGUACAUAACGAGGCGAAAUAAUCCAAGUUUUUCUUACAUUGGAUGGAUUCAAAAGCGUUUGCCUGUAAUAAUUUCAUUCAGGCUAUUCAAAGAAGCCAAAAACAACAGCCCUUGGAAUAUUGCUGUCCCGAAAAUAUAAUGCUCUCUACCUGGACAGCUUUCUGUACAGUUUAUACCCAAGUACACCUCUAUAUUUGCAUUUUUGAGACACAUAAAAAGAAAAUGAAAGUUUGCUGCUCCAUUUGACAUGUUGUCAUGAUCUAAUACUCAUGUUUCUUUAAAUAUGAGAUCAUUAUCUCCACUUUAAGAAGCUAACGAGUGGAGGGGAUGCAGGGGUGCGUUCUACGGCAGGGGUGCAGUCUACGGCACAACACCUGUCAUUAAAACACCCGGGUAAUGUCGCUUUCAAAUGCGUGAACAUGCUCGAUGUGUUUCCACUGUCAUAUGGCUUUCUUAUGCCACAGUGCCUACACACCUUCGCAGUUUUGUCCACUGACCUCUUUCCUUCCUCAUCAUAGUUGACAGGGAAGCCAAAUUUUUUUUUUCAGAAAUCGAACCGCGGGUAACGUGUGUGCCGAACCGAUGACGUCGAUCCGAACGGAUCACGGAUCAAUGAUGAUCCGUUGCACCACUACUAGCCACCAAACAUCUUUUUAACUUUGACUAAUUUCUUCAGUAAAGAGACUGAACACAACUCACCUACUCUCUUCCAGCAGACACUUGUUAAUAGUGAGACCUCAGGCCAGUCCAUUACCUGGGAUUUCCUCCACACGAAUUGACGUACGGCGAUUCUCACCGUACGUCAAUUCCUAUUGGAUCCGUUUGUGAGACAGAUUUCGUGGCGGAUUACAGACAGCGCUAAUUGUGAGGACUCACAAGAACCCGCAGAUUCAUGUGCAAUCGCGCGAUAACAAGUUGUCUCUAUAAAGACAGACACAUAGACACAUAAGCAGUAGAUUGUGUCCUUCCAGAGGAGGAAAUCUACUUCUAGACUGACUAAAAUCAGCAUCUCCUCAUCCAUGGUGUCAUUGGGGUGAAAUGACGUCUGAAAACUUUUCACUUGUUCGUCUCCGCCCAUUUGCAUGGUGUGAAAUACGAUCCUCCUGAAACACAGAGUGUUUUAUUUUGAAAAGAAGCAGGAUGUUUUAUUUUGUGUCUGUGCCUGACUUCCUUUCCAGCACGGGUUAAUCAGUGCUAAAUUUAUCCGGCAUGCUCCGGUGUCCUGAAAAAAUAGAACUGUUGCGAUCAGCUGCAGAGUCUGGUGAUCUGCAGUGGAACGGAAAGAAGCCGGUGGAAAUUGACACAUUAACUUGAAUGGUUACAAUCAGCUACGAUCGGAGGAUACAACCUUUUUGUAGCCAUUCCGUAUGUGAAAAUUGGGGAUCACGAACUACAGCGGGGUGACCCAGCUCAAGGAAGAACAUUUACCCACAACUUUUACCUAAAAGUUGUGGGAUAAGUUGCUUCAAGAAAGUCAUCAUAUCCUUAGCACCCGUUUAGUCAUAUCCUUGAUAUUAUCCUUAUUUGAGCCUACUCUUUGUUCAAGCUCAGACACUUGAUCACCCAGUGUGGAUGAAGAUCGUUGUAUUUUGUGCAGAACAUGAUGGAUUGACUCAAAUUUUGUGUCAAAAUGAGUCUUUAGAUCCCCUGUGUUGCGUUCAAUGGCGUCCCAGAUUGUUUGUAGAGACACCUCGGUUCCAGCCAUUACAGAGAGUAAAAGUGCUAACUUCAACACUUCUUAGUUCACUGGAUCUCUUUCACAUCCAAAAUAGGAGUAAAUCAGCCUGUCAUAUUAAUCACAAAUGAACCAUUUAAUGAGACAAUCUGAGACCAGCCGCAGAUGUUCAAGCUACAGCAGCCAUUUUGAUUUAAAAAUAAUAACCUUGCGUUGAAUGAGAACACAAACCUUCUGACGCAGCUCAAGGAAGAACAUUUAUGAUAAUUUCUUUAUCAUUUCCUUGAAGUAAUAAUCACCAUAUUCAUCAUUGUACAGACAUUGUAAUUGAUUGUAAUUCCAUGAAGUAAUAAUCAUAAAUGUUCUUCCUUGAGCUGCGUCACCCUGCUGUAGUCCGUAAUGGACUGGCCUGAGGGCUUGCUACAAACAAGCGUCUGCUGGAAGAGAGUAGAUGAGUUGUGUUUAGUCUGUUUGGGUAGUGCAGUGGCUGGGACCCUAUAUGUACUAACCAGUGGCGAUUGCUCUAAGACUGCAAGGGAAGCUCAGCUUCCCUUAAAAUGUCAAUCCCCCAAAAAAAGAAAAAGUGGUGAAAUACAUACUGCUGUGUGUACAUUUCAUUAACUAAAUACGCGCUAGAUAGCCUUCAUCUUUUGUUCAGAAUCAGCUUCUUAUCACACUGUGAUAAGAAGCUGAUAAUCACAGGUAACCGGCAUAACUUCGUUCUCAUUCAUCCUCACAGCGCCUCAGCGCUUCACACAGCCGGACGCUCAGAGUCUGCUGACUUCAAUGUGGAAGCUCAAAGUGGGUUGUUCCAGCAGGGAAACUAGACGCUCAUUGGAUAAAUGCUGGGCUUUGUCCCGCCCAUCGGACGCUCAGCUUCUCUGGAGUUCUAUGACGAGAGGGCGGUCCCAACUUUCUCGCGGACGCUGAGCUUCUGCAUCCAUGAUUGGAUGAGCUGUCUGAGGCGAGAUCCUUUUUUGAUUGACAGCUAAACAAGCGAAUCAGCGAUCUUGAAGAAUAAAACAUCUACCAGAGCAUUUUCCAGGUUAUUCAUUCCAUUGUUCUUAACUGCUCCGGAGACUUUACCGAUCCUCAGCGACUUUUGCCUUUGUUAAAACGACUGCCAUUGUGUUUGGCGUCUCUGUUCUGUUACAUACAAAUAAACAAACACAAUUAUGAUGUAGGCCAGAAAAAUGAGCUUCCCCUCCUUGAAAGACCAGCAGCCGCCACUGGUACUAACCUUCGUAAAACAUGGUGUAGUUCCGUUCAGUAACAGAACCUCAUUUGAAAAUUUGCUGAUUUAACUUCACUGUGCUCUUGUUCAAAUAUACCAACUUGACAGCACAUAUCUUCAUACCUACAGUAGAAGUUUCUUGGCCCAGCUUAUAGACUACAAAAGUGAAGAAACACCCCUGCUUAAGUGUAUCUUUUCUUGGGAGUUAGAACAACUCUGAAUGUAGUGCUAUGGCUGGGACCCUAUAUGUACUAUUGAUGAAGUUAGGUGCUGUUCUGAACAUUAUUUGUGGCUAUAGAGUAGCGAAUUGGUUGAGGUUUGUUUAUGGCUCCUCAGACCACUGUGUAUUGCUAUCCUGCGAUUGUUACUAAAGUUGGUAUAACUAGAGAAGCAAGCGGUCAGCAACAUUCAUCUCUAGAGGGGGUGUCUAACUCGGUGUUACGGUGUGUUUGACCCUAAAUUAAUUUUACGCCAGAAUAUCCCUUUAAUAUCUCAGGCUUAUUUAUCCAAGAGGAUGGACUUUGUAGAGUUUAAAAAAAAACUCUUAUUGUGUGGACAUAUUUCUUUGUGCUUUGGCUCAUAUUCAUGAACAAUCACAGCUGGAGUUCUGUGACCUGGAGGGGGCGCUCUGUGGAAUUAAAAUUCUUGUUGUUGUGUUUGUUGGGGCUGUUCUCUCUCAGCUCAAAUCUGAUCUUUUCUAAAUAAAGGUUUGAUUGAUUGGGUUGUCAGAGA